ACCCUCAACCUUCUCUUCGCCAUUACAAAAAUGUCAGUACCACCCUCUGAAAGACACCAACACACCCUAGCUUUGGUUAGGGUAUUUGAUAUAAAAACAAGGCCAAAACAAAAGAUUGGAAGGAAGCAGAGGAAGACCCUCUUGAAAGAAUUGAAGAAUUGGAGUUGUAUAGAGCUGGUAAAGUGGUAAUAAGCAGGAUGAUGGAAUCUGGGGCUCCUAUAUGCCAUACCUGUGGUGAACAGGUGGGGCAUGAUGCCAAUGGUGAGCUAUUUGUGGCUUGCCAUGAGUGUAACUAUCCCAUGUGCAAGUCUUGUUUUGAGUUUGAAAUCAAAGAGGGCCGGAAAGUUUGCUUGCGGUGUGGCUCGCCAUAUGAUGAGAACUUGCUGGAUGAUGUAGAAAAGAAGGGGUCUGGCAAUCAAUCCACAAUGGCAUCUCACUUCAACGAUUCUCAGGAUGUCGGAAUUCAUGCUAGACAUAUCAGUAGUGUGUCCACUGUGGAUAGCGAAAUGAAUGAUGAAUAUGGGAAUCCAAUUUGGAAGAAUCGGGUGGAGAGUUGGAAGGAUAAAAAGAACAAGAAGAAAAAGAGUAGUCCUAAGGCUGAAAAUGAACCAGCUCAAGUUCCUACGGAACAGCAGAUGGAAGAGAAACCGUCUGCAGAGGCUUCGGAGCCGCUUUCAAUUGUUUAUCCAAUUCCACGCAACAAACUCACACCAUACAGAGCCGUGAUCAUUAUGCGACUGGUCAUUCUGGGCCUCUUCUUCCACUACAGAAUAACAAAUCCUGUCGAUAGUGCCUUUGGCCUGUGGCUUACUUCUGUCAUAUGUGAGAUCUGGUUUGCAUUUUCUUGGGUGUUGGAUCAGUUCCCCAAGUGGAAUCCUGUCAAUAGAGAAACGUUUAUCGAAAGGCUGUCUGCAAGGUAUGAAAGAGAGGGUGAGCCUUCUCAGCUUGCUGGUGUGGAUUUUUUCGUGAGUACUGUUGAUCCACUGAAAGAACCGCCAUUGAUCACUGCCAAUACAGUCCUUUCCAUCCUUGCUGUGGACUAUCCCGUCGAUAAAGUUUCCUGCUACGUGUCUGAUGAUGGUGCAGCUAUGCUUACAUUUGAAUCUCUGGUAGAAACAGCUGAGUUUGCAAGGAAGUGGGUUCCGUUCUGCAAAAAAUACUCAAUUGAACCAAGAGCACCGGAGUUUUACUUCUCACAGAAAAUUGAUUACUUGAAAGACAAGGUUCAACCUUCUUUCGUGAAAGAACGUAGAGCAAUGAAAAGGGAUUAUGAAGAGUACAAAGUCCGAGUUAAUGCCCUGGUAGCAAAGGCUCAGAAAACACCUGAAGAAGGAUGGACUAUGCAAGAUGGAACACCUUGGCCUGGGAAUAACACACGUGAUCAUCCUGGCAUGAUUCAGGUCUUCCUUGGAAAUACUGGAGCUCGUGACAUUGAAGGAAAUGAACUACCUCGUCUAGUAUAUGUCUCCAGGGAGAAGAGACCUGGCUACCAGCACCACAAAAAGGCUGGUGCAGAAAAUGCUCUGGUGAGAGUGUCUGCAGUUCUCACAAAUGCUCCCUACAUCCUCAAUGUUGAUUGUGAUCACUAUGUAAACAAUAGCAAGGCUGUUCGAGAGGCAAUGUGCAUCCUGAUGGAUCCACAAGUAGGUCGAGAUGUAUGCUAUGUGCAGUUCCCUCAGAGGUUUGAUGGCAUAGAUAAGAGUGAUCGCUACGCCAAUCGUAACGUAGUUUUCUUUGAUGUUAACAUGAAGGGGUUGGAUGGCAUUCAAGGACCAGUAUAUGUAGGAACUGGUUGUGUUUUCAAUAGGCAAGCACUUUACGGCUACGGGCCUCCUUCUAUGCCCAGCUUACGCAAGGGAAAGGAUUCUUCAUCCUGCUUCUCAUGUUGCUGCCCCUCAAAGAAGAAGCCUGCUCAAGAUCCAGCUGAGGUUUACAGAGAUGCAAAAAGAGAGGAUCUCAAUGCUGCCAUAUUUAAUCUUACAGAGAUUGAUAAUUAUGAUGAGCAUGAAAGGUCAAUGCUGAUCUCCCAGUUGAGCUUUGAGAAAACUUUUGGCUUAUCUUCUGUCUUCAUUGAGUCUACGCUAAUGGAGAAUGGAGGAGUACCUGAGUCUGCGAACUCAUCAACACUCAUCAAGGAAGCAAUUCAUGUCAUAGGGUGUGGCUACGAAGAGAAGACUGAAUGGGGAAAAGAGAUUGGUUGGAUAUAUGGAUCAGUCACUGAGGAUAUCUUAAGUGGCUUCAAGAUGCACUGCCGAGGAUGGAGAUCAAUUUACUGCAUGCCUGUAAGGCCUGCAUUCAAAGGAUCUGCACCCAUCAACCUGUCUGAUAGAUUGCACCAGGUCCUCCGAUGGGCUCUUGGUUCUGUGGAAAUUUUCUUUAGCAGACACUGUCCCCUCUGGUACGGUUUCGGAGGAGGCCGUCUUAAAUGGCUCCAAAGGCUUGCGUAUAUAAACACCAUUGUGUACCCAUUUACAUCCCUCCCUCUCAUUGCCUACUGCACAAUUCCUGCAGUUUGUCUGCUCACCGGAAAAUUCAUCAUACCAACGCUCUCAAACCUGGCAAGCAUGCUGUUUCUUGGCCUCUUUAUCUCUAUCAUUGUAACUGCAGUGCUUGAGCUAAGAUGGAGUGGUGUCAGCAUUGAAGAUUUAUGGCGUAAUGAACAAUUCUGGGUGAUCGGAGGUGUUUCAGCCCAUCUCUUUGCGGUCUUCCAGGGAUUCUUAAAAAUGUUGGCUGGCAUCGAUACGAACUUCACUGUCACAGCCAAAGCAGCCGAAGAUACAGAAUUUGGGGAGCUAUAUAUGGUCAAGUGGACAACACUUUUGAUUCCUCCAACAACACUUCUCAUUAUCAAUAUUGUUGGUGUUGUUGCUGGAUUCUCUGAUGCACUUAACAAAGGAUAUGAAGCAUGGGGGCCUCUCUUUGGCAAGGUGUUCUUUGCUUUCUGGGUGAUUCUUCAUCUCUAUCCAUUCCUUAAAGGUCUAAUGGGUCGCCAAAACAGAACACCAACCAUUGUUGUUCUCUGGUCAGUGCUGUUGGCCUCUGUCUUCUCUCUUGUUUGGGUCAAGAUUAAUCCAUUCGUUAACAAAGUUGAUAACACCUUGGUUGCGGAGACCUGCAUUUCCAUUGAUUGCUGAGCUACCUCCAAUAAGUCUCUCCCAGUAUUUUGGGGUUACAAAACCUUUGGGAAUUGGAAUAUGAUCCUCGUUGUGGUUUCUCUCAAGAAAGCAUAUAUUGCUGUCAGUAUUUAAAUGAACUGCAAGAUGAUUAUUCUCUGAAGUUUUGAACAGUUUGAAAUGCUCCUUUUGCUGAGCGAAAGGUCUAAGAAUUGCUGUGACGAGAUAUUAUGUAAAAAUAUAGGUUUUGAUUGUGUUUCCUUGAAUCGAGAAAAGCGUAAGGAUAUAUAGACACGAUAUUGUCUUCUUUCUCA